AUGGCAUCACCCUACAAACCAUAUAGCUCACCCAGAGCGGCCCCGUUGAAGAAGGGGCUCUUCACAAAUGGAAUAUGGUGUUGCAACUGCCCAGAUCGGCCCCCAGCUGUCCGCCGCCAAACAAAGAAAGAGGGGCCCAAUAUAGGAAAGUGGUUUUGGACAUGUGCGCAGCCUAUGCACCUUCGGUGCAGCUUCUUUCUCUGGGAAGCUGACGCUACAAUCCGCGAGCAGGCAGCUGUUCUUGCCAACUCCCGCUCAGAGCUCGAUCCACUCACACUCACUCCAACGAAAUCCCAAAAUCCGGGACGGUCCAAUAACGGCCUGCUCACCCCCCAGACGGAGCGCCGAUUCUAUGACACCCCCCACCCAAACGAGUUUGGUUGGAACGAUGAUUUGGAUGACGAUGAUGACCUUGUGAAAACGUUCUGCUCCACCGACACUACCGACACUACCGAAACAUUCAUGACACAGCCCAACUAUCGCUCUGAAUCUCCGUCAAAGACACCUCGCACCGCGCAAGUCACUUCGCCUGGCAAGCGGAAACUAUUCCAAACCAAAGAUGACUCUUCUCCGGAACAGCGGCCCAGUUUUGCGACACCGGUCUCGUCGAUAUCCUCUCGUACGUUGACAUUCCCCUCCUCCGCGGAAGUUUGCAUGACACCCACGCCAAGCAAGUACGGCGAUGUGCUCUCUGCAGAUUCAGCAUUCGACACCUCGGAUCUAGCAAAGAGUCUCAUGGACAUACUGGACAAGCAUGAGGUCGUGCUACCAAACAAGGCCCGCGACGAUGUUACCUCGCUGCUCAACCGACAUGACCUGAAAACGCAGGGGAUCAUCCGUGGACGCGAUAUGACCCGUCUAGCUUUGAAGAAGAAAGAUACGGAAAUUGCGAAUCUUAAAGAGCGUGUCGCCAAUCUGGAAGCGCAGAGGCAGUUGGAUCGGACUCUUCUUGACGGGUUCAAAUCGUUGGAUUCAACCGAGGAGUUCAAGUGA